ACCCAUACUUUCAAAAUCUCUAUUCGCCAACCUCAUUUGUAUUUACGCUGUGUGAGAGAGGUCAGUUUCAGGUGUGUUAAAACGUUUGCUGAUUUCCUUAUUAGGAAGUGCAAUAAAAUUAGAAAUGUUUCACUAUAUUCAGGUUUUCAUUAAAAAUACUUUAAGCCUACAUUAAAAAUCUGAAUUAAUAUGCUGUUUGCUAAAUAUUAAGAAUGUUAUUUUAAAAACCUCAACCCUAAUCCUAACCUUAACCCUAACCCUACAAAAAAAUAAUAAAAUAUAUAUAAAAAUCUGAGUUAAAGUUCAUCUUAAAUCGGUUCAAAAAUGAAAUGUGUUCAGCAUUAUGGCUGAACAGUAAAACAUCAGGUUUUAUUUGCUCUGAUCAAAAGCUUCUUUGGAGGCAGAUGUUGAACCAUCUUGAAUGCCCCCAUAGUAGCCAGAAGAUUUAGAGGCACCUAUAGAAGACAACAGAGCCACUCAUAGAAGAUUAGUCCCUCCCUGCUUGCCAAUUAUGGACAAUAUAGCAGAUGAAUUUUUUGAGAGCUACAUACAAUCUCAAAAAAGGAUUUACAUAUCCAAUACUUCUACAUUCUCCCACUUUGUCACAUUGGGCGUAUACAGUACUCCUUUUUAUUUCUUUUUUAGGUAACUAUGUAUUUCAGAAAUUAUUCUAUGGACCACGUCUGCAUCCCAAAGCAUUGCAUCACAGACAGUAAAUUGGCUAAUGCUCCAUGGGACAAGCCUGCCCAUUUUGGCAAUGCUACUGUAUUCUAUCACCAAUGGUGCUAUUAAUUUGUAGUUUGGUUGAAUUAUCUCUGCUUCCCUAGCAGGCAAGUUGCCAUCUUUCCAGCUCUAAUUUAUGUAAUUGGGCUGCUGACCUCAGGAUGACUAACAGGUAAAAAAAGGCAGACAGGCCCCACCCCACCCUUAGAGCCAGCAAUCCUCCUCGUUUCUUUCUUUAUUGCAUCCCGCCUUUAUUAUCUUUACAAAUAACUCAAGGCAGCGAACAUAUCCAACAUACCUUCCUCCUCCUAUUUUCCCCACAACAACCCUGCGAGGUGAGUCAAGCUGAGAGUGACUGGCUCAAAUCAUCGCCCAGCUGCCUUUCAUCGCUAAGGCGGCACUUGAACUCACAAUCUCCCGCUUUCACAGUGGUUCCUCAAAAUAUCAAGGAAAUUUAAGAGUAAACCCCUGAAAGGACACCAAUUGUAUAAAGCUCCUCUGAGGCUUUGCAGAGUUUCCCCACCUGGGCGAUUGGUGAAAUAGACUGGAAAAAAAAAACCCACCAAAAAAAAAAAAAAAGCCAGCGCGUCCCUCUAGAGUCAAACCAACCAGACUCUCGACUCUUUCAGCACCUGAGAUGGGGUUUGUUGUCUCGGACCCAGCCAGAACACCGAAAAGAGAGAAGAGGCGUGGAUGAAACCAGCCCGAGCGAGCGCCAGCCACAAAACCAGGUCUGGAAUUGCAGCGCCGCAGAGAAACCUGGGCAGGGAUGAGCCGAGGGAGGCGGGACGGGCUCCUGGUACGUAAGGCGAGAGCUCGGUUGCUCGACACCCAAAGAUUUCUCCGCCAGCCGAGAGCGGGGCAACGGCGGUGAUUUAUUAGUCUGCAAUCUGGUUGCCAGAGGCUGGCCGAGGGCCUGAUAAGCACCCUGAAUGGAGCCUGAUGUCAUGCUCAUGUCAAGCUGGUAGCUUCCCAGAGCAGAAAGCCCGGGAGCGUCCCUCAAGGGAAGAAAAAAGAAAAGAAGAAGAAGAAGAAGAAGAAAAAAAGAGACCUUCCUCAGUCUCGCCUCCCAACCCGCGUCGUUCCCAGCCCCGCCACCGCGCGCCGCCCCCGCUCCGGCGGGCUCAACUUUCGACUCCGGCGGCUGGGAGAAAAGGUCCCGGGGGCGGCCGGACUGCCAGUCCCGCCGGCUCCUCACCCCCGCUGAUCUUCGACUCCUUGGAAAGGGAGGAGCGCCUCUUUGCCCUACCUAAAGCAGUUCUUUCCUGAAGAGCCAAGAAUAUUUCCCAUCAUUCCACCAUGAUGGCCACACCCAGGACACUAUUGCCAUGUCUUUGGCUUCUUGUGCUUUCCAUGAAAACAUGCUUAGCUCAAGAGACUUCAUCACCACCACCAUCACCACCACCAGGAUGUGGCAAGGACUUGAACUCCAUCUACUACAACCUCUGUGACCUAUCUGUCGCCUGGGGCAUUGUGUUAGAAGCCGUGGCCAGCUUUGGUGUUGUUAUCAGCUUUGUCCUCACUGUGGUCCUAGUGGCCAGUUUGCCUUUUAUCCAAGACUACCGGAAGAAGAGCUUAAUAGGGACUCAAGCUUUCUUUCUGUUGGGCACUUUAGGGCUUUUCUGCUUGACCUUUGCUUUCAUUGUCAAGCAAGACUUCUCAACAUGUGUUUCACGACGUUUCCUCUUUGGUGUCCUCUUUGCUAUCUGCUUCUCCUGCCUGGCUGCCCAUAGCCUCAGUCUCAAUUUCUUUGCACGGCAAAACACUGGGCCUCGGGGAUGGGUCACCUUUGGCAUGGCUUUGGUCCUCGUCUUGGUUGAAGUCAUCAUCAACACCGAGUGGCUCAUUAUCACUGUGGUGAGGAAUGAUGGUACUGCCAAGGAUCCUUGUGAACUGAAGAAUGAGGACUUUGUCAUGGCACUCAUCUACGUAAUGUUCCUGCAAGUAGCUACUUUUAUUGCUACUUGGCCGGUCUUAUGUGGACAUUACAAGCACUGGAGAAAGCACGCUGUUUUCAUUCUCCUCACAACUUCCUUUUCCAUGGCCAUCUGGAUAGUAUGGAUUGUUAUGUAUGUUUAUGGCAACCAGCAGGACCAGAGACCAACUUGGGAUGACCCCACAUUGGCUAUUGCUCUUGUAUCCAAUGCAACAGUUUUUGUUUUCUUUUAUGUCAUUCCUGAGAUUUCUCAGGUGAUCAAGCCGGGACCAGAGCAAGCCUAUGAGGAUGAUGUCUACCCCACACGGGGGGUUGGCUACGAAACAAUCCUCAAGGAGCAGAAAUCCCAAAGCAUGUUCGUGGAGAACAAAGCUUUCUCAAUGGAUGAACCUUCUUCAGCUAAAAAGCCUGUGUCCCCAUACAGCGGAUACAAUGGGCAGCUUCUGACAACUGUCUAUCAGCCCACAGAGAUGACUGUAAUGCACACUGGGCCUCUGGAUGCCCCUUACGAUGUCAUCCUCCCUCGUGCUACGGCCAACAGCCAAGUGAUGGGCAGUGCCAAUUCUACCCUGCGUGCUGAUGAUGCUUAUGUUUCACAGAGUAAGCAGGCAUUGGCUCAGAAAGAUGGAAGGAAUGGGCAGAUGAGUGAAAUGGCUUCAUCUCCAUAUAGCAAGCACAGAUGGUAGAAGUUUUGAAUCCUGAUUUCCACACAUCCUGUUCCUUGAGGAUGCCUUGCAAAGCCUGCCUCCACAAAGGAGCAUCUAACUGAGGCAAGGCCUCAGAUAGACAUGGAGAUGUCAUCUUGGGAACCGAGAAGAUUUCAUCUUGGUUGCUGAGGCAAUGUGUUUCUUUUUCUCCUGCAUAAACCAAGUGUUCUACUUGACAUCUGUUACAGUCAAUCUGGGUCACUGGGUCAGGAUGCCACUUCCUAUUCUAUGUUCCAAACAGUGAGCCUUCUAUUCUCCUUGGAGCCCUCAGUCAAAUUUAUAAUUCCACCUCUGUUUUGCCCGUAUUUUGAGAGCCUCCCUUAUUUUCACCCCACCAAUGAUGGACAACAUUCAGUGCUCAUUUUGUACAAAUAUGGCGUUAUGAGUGCUGAGAAGUUCCAAUCUACAGUUCAUAGUUCAGCCUCUUGUGGAUGAAUAGAUGGUUCCUGCAUCUUCCCAUCUCGUGUUCACUCCCACAAGGGAAUGCUUUGGAAAUUAGAAGGGUAUCUCUCCAGUUCUUAAUAGAGGCCAUUCUUCUUAAUGGAGAGAGAGAAACUGGUCAAAUGUAGCAAGAACUCUUGUUUGAAGUAUGUUGUGCUUUCUCCUAAUCCUUCUGCCUUUGGACCAAACCCUGGAAUGUGACAUCAUGGUAUUGUUCUUGGAAUCUUUAUUAUCUCCUCUUCUGUUAACCCCUCCUUAUUACGAAAAUUAAGGCUGCAUAUCUUUUUUUAAAAAAUGCUUGGUGUUUACUUUGAAUGUCUGUGUUUAUGCACCAGGGAGGAUCUACUUUAUAUUGUGGUCAGAGUCUAAACAUUCUUACCUGACGUUGACAACCAACUUGGUGAUUGAACAUGUUGGAGACACCAUUGGACAUGAAAGAGGGAAGCCAUAUUAAAAUGAUACUUUAUUUCAUGAGGUAUAAAAUGGUGGGACUUGCAAGACUGCUGUCAGUAACUGUUUUGUCAAAAAGGUUUGUUGCCAAUUGUGUUUUCAGUAUGGAUAAGCCUUCCUUAACUUGAUCUUCUCUAAAUUUUAAGGAUUACAACUAUCAUCCAAGCCAGAGUGGGAGUGCAAGAUAAUUGGUAGACACAGAUUGGGAAAAUAAAAAAUGCAAAACUUUGAAAGGAAAAUGAAGGAAUUUAACUGCAAGGAAUGGCCAGAGGGCUCCAUAAUGCAAGAGAUGGGUGGUGUCAUGUAACUGCACAAAAUAUUUCAGUUUUCAAGGAUUAUGCUGCUGAAAUGGAAUUUUGCUACGGAAUGGAUGCUGUUAGGCUUAAAAACAUCUGGGAGUGGCAGUUUCACUACAGAAAUGUAAUUGUCUCUUUUUGGCAUUACUCAUCUUGCUUUACCUUGUCCUCACUAGGUGAGGAUGAAUUAUCCCAUUCAAGAUAUUUUAUUCUGCUGACUUAUUCUUUCUCAUCUUUUUGUGCUGUUCUUUGGGGAAUUAUUCAGGCUCUGGCUUUAAUUUGAAAUAACAUCUUUCCCCGGGUAGAGGUGUCUCCCAACCACCUCUGAUAAAAUGCACAGUCAUAUGCCUCAAUAAAUCUGUUUGAUAUGCCUUUGGUCCUUUUCAUGGUAUCCCACUUUCUCUUCAUGCCUUGGUGUGCUAGUUCCUGGCUUAUAGCCUGCCUGUCCUUUUGCCCCUAGGAUGAUUGUGUGCCAUUUUUCUCUUUGCCUCUUCUUCCCUCUCUGGGCAGAAAAAGGCUGUUUCUCUCUCCUAUGCUGGCAGGAGAAAGAAGCUACCUUGAUAAAAAGAAGCGCUGCCCACUUCUUGCAAUGCCUUUUCAUCAGGUCUUCUCCUGGCCUCCUAGACUGAUAUCCUCUGAAAUUUAGCUUGCCUUUAUUGUGUAAGCAUUUUGAGCAGGCAAAUUCUUUUCAGACUUCUCCAACAUAGGAGCCUCCAAAUAUGCAGGGACAGUGACUCCAUGAAUGUUUUUGGACCGUGUUCUGAUUGGAAAGGUGUUCUCUACUGUCCGUAGAAGGACCAUACCCUGCCUGUAGAGUCUGUGCUCAAGAAGUGGAAGGACCAACUUGACACUGACUCAGACCAUGGCUCAUCUUCAAGAGGCUUGCAUUGAGUCAUGAUUUCUGCCUGUCUUGCUGAGAAUGCUGUUCUGUGCCUUGCUAGGGGAUGAGUGUGCUUCUAGCUCUUGGCUGAAAGAUUCUCUGCUCUGAUAAUGAGGAAUGAUGUAAUCUCCAUCUGCUAAUGCAAGCUGAGUAAAUGGCAGAGGGCUGUCGCUGACUGCUGUUUCAUCCAAGCUACCCUUUAAGCUGGGAUUGGGGAAGUGGUUCUUAUCGAUAUGGCUUUUUAAAUUCCGAAUGGUCUGACAAAUUAAAUAUUUUUUUUCCUAAAA